AUGGAGGUCAACAUGCGUCUGUAUAUCUUCCUAAGCCACCUCGGGUUGGCCUUCAUUUUAAUGUACUCCUUCAUGAAGUACAACGAGUUCUACUCAGCUGUGGUGUAUCUGUCAACGGAGAAGUUCCCCAGGACGAUUAUUUACAACUUUUUCUUGAUGAUUUUCAUCAUACUGUGCAAGCUUCUGUUGAACAUAUUUAUUGGCGAGCUGAGAUACCUGGAAGUGGAGCAGCUCAUAGACAACGCCCGGGCGUUUAUAAUGGAUACCAUAUUGUUUUUGGUUUUGUCCAAGCCCACAAUAAAUGGGAAGGAAGUAUCCUCCAUUAUUUUAAUUAAAUACUUAUCUAUCAUCGUUAUUUUGAAGGCAUACCACUUGGUCCUUUACUCCCGGGUUUCUCACAUCUUCGAACUGGGGGUGCCCCGAACCCGAGUGCUGGUGAAGCUGUUCCUCUUCAUGUGCCUCCUGUCAGUGGCCAACCUGACCAUGUUUACCUACUUCUACAAAUACUCGCUAAAAAAUUCGACUAUGUACCUGUGGCUGUUUUUCGAAAGCUUGAGCAUAUUCGAGUCCUGUCAAAUAUCGAUAUUUAAAUUUUUUGUGAACAUAAUCGACCUUAGAUCAGCGAAUGGAUUAUCCUCCAAAGCAACCAUUUUAUUUUUCCUCGACAUCCUGCACGACAUCAUGAGCUUAAUCAUAUUCUUGGUCUUCAUCCUAGUGUUCAUUCUCAAUAAUUUUAGCAACCUGCCACUACACAUGACUGCAGACAUUAUACACGUUGUAAAAACGUUAAUAUCGAGAUUUAAAUCGUUUCAGAGGUACCGAGAGUUGACCAAGAAUAUCGAAACAAAAUUUGCUGAUGCGACGGAGGAAGAGUUAAAAGAAGUUGGUACGUGUAUUAUAUGCAGGGACGACUUGAAGGAGGGCUCCAAAAAAUUAACCUGCUCUCAUAUCUUUCAUGUAGAGUGCCUAAAGUCGUGGUUCAUUCAGCAGCAGACCUGCCCCAUAUGUAGAACAGAAAUAAAGCCGCAGAAUAGCAAAGAAAACGCGCAGAAUGACGCCAAACAAAAGGAGGAAGAGCAGCAGCAGCAAGAGGAGGAAGAAAAAAAAGAGCAGAAAAUAAAUCAGCUAACCAUACAGGAAAUAAUUACCAAGGCUUCUUUUCUUCCCAGUGAUAAGAAUUCUCCCUACUUGAAUGACCCUGCCACGGCCAGUAUGUUCCCCCCCAAGGAGGACGACUGCGUCAUGUUUAGCGAGAACGUGGAGGUCAAGCAGCGCAUAAAGAUUCUGGCUGACCUGUGCGACUAUUACAGGGAGUUGUGCCUGACCUGCCUGAAGGAAAUAGACAAAAUCAACUAUACCGCGGUGCCGGCGAAUGUCAUGCUGAGGAACAUAUACGGGUCGCUGAAUUACAACGUGCUGAACAACGCGGAGGAAGACGAGGUUAAGAAGUAUUUGACGAAAAUUUCGCAUGUGCCCCAGAUGAGUGUGUUUAAGAGCUACCUGGAGAGGGUGCUGAUCGAGGACAUGAAGUACACCAAGGAGAUUUGUUCGCUCAUGUAG